AUGGGUAUUGUUCGAAAUGGUUUGCUACUUGUUCUAGUUCUUAUUAUUGAAUGUAAUGGUGUACCUCGUUUUGCCAAUUAUAUUCAAGAUCAUAUGGUACUUCAACGAGCUCCACAACGAGCUAUUGUAUGGGGAUAUGGAGAUGCUGGAAAAUUAACUAUUCUUCGAAUGAAUAAUAAAAUUUAUCGAACGAUUAGUAGUUUAGAAGUAGCAAAUGAAGUAGGUGAAAGUAUAUGGUCAGUUACUCUUGAUCCUGUAUCUGAAGAAGGACCAUUUGAUAUUCAAGUUUUGCAACCAUUAGCCAAUGGAACACUUGUUACAAUUACAAUUCAUGAUGUUCUAUUUGGUGAUGUUUGGCUUUGUUCAGGUCAAUCAAAUAUGCAAUUUACAGUAGAUAUGAUGUUCAAUGCAACAGAAGAAAUUCAAAAUGCAGGCAAUUUUUCUAAGAUUCGUCUAUUUACUACUUCACUUAUACCAUCAGCAUCACCCGUUGAAGAAUUACUUGGAAUUAAUUUAAAUUGGUCAGCAGCAUCACCAAAAACUGUUGGUGGACCAAGUUGGAAUUAUAUGUCAGCUGUAUGUUGGUUAUAUGGUCGUAUGAUUCAUCAAUCAUUAAAUGGUCGACCCAUAGGUCUUAUUGCUACUAGUUGGGGUGGAACACCAAUUGAAUUUUGGAUGCCACCAAAAGCAUUACAAGAUUGUAAUGAUACAACAAGUAAAAAUCUACCAAUACAACAACCAUAUAAUGAACUUUUUCAAGAUGUACCAGUUAAUCAUUCAAAUUUAUUUAAUUCUAUGAUUUAUCCAUUUACUCGUACUGUUAUUUAUGGAUCUAUUUGGUAUCAAGGUGAAGCAAAUUCUGGCAAUCCUACAUAUGCUUGUAAAUUUGCAAAAAUGAUUCAAUAUUGGAGACAAAUAUGGAAUAAUCGUACAAAUGGUAUAACUGAUAUACAAUUUCCAUUUGGUUUUGUUCAAUUAUCAACAAGUACGAAUAAUAGUGCAGUCGUCGGGGGAUUUCCUAUGCUUCGAUGGCAACAAACAUUUAAUAUUGGUUAUGUUCCAAAUGAUGUUGUUCCAAAAGUUUUUAUGGCUGUUGCUUUAGAUCUACGUGAUGAUCCGAAUAAUAUUCAUCCUCGAACAAAACUUGAUGUAGGAUAUCGACUUUCACGUUCUGGUCUUGCAGUUGCUUAUGGUCAAAAAGUUGAAUUUCAAGGUCCUAUUGUACAAAAUGUUUAUUAUAAUGUUGAGGGUACAACAAUCAAUAUUACUUAUACUGCUGUAUCAGAUAUUGAAAUACGUAAUCCAGAUGGAUUUGAAGUUUGUUGUCACGAUAGUCAAUGUUCUAAUGAUGCUAUAUACGUUCCAGCAACUAUAACAAGUAAAAGUGGAUUGACAAUAACAUUAACACUAGAUCGUAGAUGUUUUGGAAAGCCAGUUUAUAGUCUUCGUUAUCUUUGGCGAGAAACACCAUGUCCAUUUAAACAAGCAGCUAUUUAUAGCGCUACAGAUUCAAAUUUACCUUCUCCACCAUAUAUGAAACUUUUUUAUUAA